AUGGCGUCUUUGCCUAUGCAAUUGACUUCGGUUAAAAUACUGAAUGGGACAAACUAUGAGGAUUGGAAAGAGUCCUUAGAUCUUUAUCUUGCUAUCACCAACAUGGACUUAGCCCUAAGAGAAAAUGAGCCUCCAGCUCUCACUGCUAAAUCCACUGCUGCCCAUAAGACCUCUCGAGAGAAGUCAAAACACUCUAAUAGGGUUUGUCUUAUGGUCAUGAAGUAUACAAUGGAGAAGUCUAUUAGACAGAGUAUCCAAGAAAGCAAUAAUGCUAAAGAUUUUUUGAAAUCUGUUGGGGAUAAAUUUCAAACCUAUGACAAAGCAGCAAAGGAUUAA